UCGCAGUCCGCCAGGGCGCUACGGGACGCACCGCUCACUAGACUACACGCCCGACGUCCGACGCCGCGCCGCGGACAGCACACACGAUGCAGGUACAGAUUGGAGUACUGAUAUUAUUCGUUUUCUUCAGUGUGGUCGUCGCUGAUGAAGAUACCACUGACAACGAACUGAGAGGUCCAGCAGCUGUGGGACAGGCGCGGCCCAUGCUGCUGCCGCGGCCGGCGCUGAGGAUCCUGGAGCGGCAGCCGUGCUCCUGCGCCGCCGAGACCUGCGGCUGCUGCGCCAGCAUAGACCUCAGCUACAUCAACUUCAGCGAGAAAGGAUGUAUGAACUUCACUGUUGCACUGAAAGACCUCUCGGUUAAACUGGACUUGUUAGUAAAUGACAGGAGUAUAUAUCGGACUGGACUCUCAGCGCGCAACCCUCCGCCGCUGUGCGUGCCGCUGCCGAUGCUGCCGGCGGUGGCGCUGUGCGUGCGCGUCUACGACAUCCACUGGGAGGACGGCGCGCUGCACGUGUGCGCCAACCUGGAGGCGACCGUCUUCUCGACGCCAGCGCUCGUCAUCCCCUUUGACUGCAUCCGGCUGGGGCCUGGAGGCGUCGACCUGGUGCGGCCCAGCGCCUCCACGUCGCAGUUCGGCCUCUUCCCGCACGCCCCCAGGGACCCUUCGCAGCGGAUCGCCGCCUCUCCAGUGCCCACCAGGAGGCGGCCGUGAACCGCCCCCGUCACACCAACACCGACUCAAAGGGAAGGCCUCGGCGCUUGUUCGUGACGUCACGUCAGCUAGGCACGGCAUACUCAUAAUGGUGGUGUCUCCCUCCCUGUCACAGGAAAAUGUGAAACUAUUGGCGGUAGUUGACCAACACACAUUGU